AUGGCAUAUCGUCAUCUUUACGCAUCUAGUGCUUCGCCAGUCCUCACAGGGCUCGAGGACCUGCAGGCGCUAGAUUAUGGGGAUGCCCAUCUUGACGAAGCUUUCCUGCUGGCCGAUCUAGACCCAUUUGAUGGCUGGGGAAUACCCUCAGACAACAAUGGGUUAAGCCAAGUGCCAUUUCCCACUGACCAAAGACCUGCCAAGAAACAGAGAAGAGACGAUACAAUGGACGUCUUUGCUAUGACAGAAAUGCCCGCUCAAUCCCGCAACCCUGACCCCGACUCCAACAUCCUGCGACAAGGGAUUGCCCGAAAUUCUCCGACAAUCAUCGAUCUCACUGAAGACGAGCAGCCACUGACUGAGAUCCUAGAGAUCUUCCCAGACAUUGAUCCGGACUACUUAAAAGGCCUCAUCGAUCGGCACCUAAAGCUUGUGUUACAGGCUAAAGCAGAGAUUCUACUCACGGCCACUGAUCGAGACUUAGCAAAAGGCCUUGUCAUCGAGGAGAUUCUCCGGAACCCUCACUACCCCAGAAAACAGAAAAGGCUCAAGAGAACUCUCGACGAGUCUGAUUCAGCAAAGAAAGACGAAGAAGAUACCCUGAAGUGGUCGAAGACUUUUCCUCAAAGAGGAAGUGAUCUAUACCUUGAAAUCACUUCUCGGUUACUGACCAUCGAAUUUCCGACUGUGCCCUGGACGUUCAUCUACAACCUCACCCUGGAUAAAAGGGAACUCUAUGCUACUUAUCUCACUCUAUCUGCACUGGAGGACCCUCUGACCAAGUCGGAUAAGCCCUACACGAACGAACCCCGCCGCAACACACGCGGGUAUACAGACCUGUACAAGACCUACCCAGAAAAUCUGCCAAUCAUGCAGAAUAUCAAAAGAGAACUGCAAGCUGCGGCGCAGAAGGCCAAGGAGUGGAGUGCAGGUACGUCACCUUAUGCGGAUUGGAUCCUUCAGUCGCUGAUGCGCGAUGGCGAUGAAGCGGCCCUUCGUGAGAAGUUCGAAGGGAAUGAGAAGGAAGCCGAGGAGCGCAACAUUCGAACGGGGAACCUUGUGGAAUGCCAGUGCUGUUUCGAAGAAGUCCCCGCGAAUAAAGUCAUGCCGUGUGAAGGGAUGGAUGUUCAUUUCUUCUGCCAUACUUGCAUUCAAUCUUCGGCAAAGACACAAAUCGGCAUGAUGAGGUAUAAGCUACAAUGCUUCGAUGGGAGUGGGUGCCAAGCACAGUUUGAUCGUCACGGGCUUGAGCACGUCCUAGGAGCUAAGAUGAUGGAGAAGCUUGAUUCCCUGCAGCAGCAGGAUGAGAUUCAACAGGCUGGGCUGGAAGGGCUCGAGUCGUGCCCCUUCUGCGACUUCCAGGCAAUAUGUGGCCCCACCGAAGUGGAUCGAGAGUUUCAAUGCAAGAACCCAGAGUGCCAAGUGGUUAGCUGUCGCUUGUGCAAGGAGAAGAGUCACCUCCCGAGCAACUGUGAAGAGGCCAAGAAAGAGAAGGGUCUCCCCCACCGCCAUCGGGUAGAAGAAGCACUGAGUGAGGCGCUCAUCCGGACUUGUCCGCAGUGCAAAGUCAAGAUUGUCAAAACAUCUGGCUGCAACAAGAUGACCUGCACCAAAUGCGGUACCAAUAUGUGCUAUAUUUGCCACGUGAAAAUUGGCCCAAAUUACGACCACUUCGAUAAAGCACCCACGUGGUGUAAAUUGCACGAUGUCCACGGUGUAGAUCCACACCAGGCGCAGAUAGCCCAGGCCGAAGCCGAUACCAUCGCCAGGAUCCUAAAAGAGAACCCUAAUGUCACUGAGGAUGAGAUUCGAGUGAAUCGCGCAGAAAGGAACCAGAAUCGUCUGCCUCGUCAGCGAGGUCAGCUGCCUCAGCCUGUACGAGAUCGAGCUCGACAGGCCGCCAAUGUUCGUGGUAUUGGGCCUCCUCGUCAACCUGUGCAGCAACGUCAGCCUGUGCAGCAACGUCAACCUGUGCAGCAACAUCAACCUGUGCUGCAACGUCAACUUGUGCAGCAACGUCAACCUGUGCAGCAACAUCAACCUGUGCUGCAACGUCAACUUGUGCAGCAACGUCAACUUGUGCAGCAACGUCAACCUGCGCAACCGCGCCAACCUGUUCAGCCCCGCCAACACUUUCAACAACGCCCACUUGUACAGCCGCCUCAGGUCAGACAAAAUCUAGGUCCCAACAACGGCGCUGUGGGCGUUGGUAAUCGCCAAGCGCAGGCCAACAUGAAUAGAGGCAUCAUGCCAGGCCUCACUGACAAGAACGUGCAAGACUACAACAACGAGGUGGACAUCUGGGCAAGAAACAUGGCAAACAACAAACAUUUCUAUGCCAACAGAGUACGAGACCUAUACGUCACUGAAUUUCCAAGGGACCCUCCUGGCAACAAUUACCCUCUUCCCAAUCUACAUGUGAAUCAGGCAAUUCCUGGAGUUUUACCACAGGCCAACCCUCAGAACGCUCAGCCUAGGCCAGCAAAUCAUCCUCCUCCGUACUUCGCUCUCAAUCACGGCCAGGCUGCACCCAUGGCAGCGCACUUUCCUCCUAAUGCAGCAAUUUGGUCGCCAGAUACGGCUGUGCCCUUCGAAUUUCCAUUCUACACACCACCAGCGCUUCCAUAG